AUGGCCAACAGGGUUCCAGGGUACGGGGACUUGGUGGAUCGACAGGCCAAGAUGCAGUCCAAGUACUCUCUGGAAGUGGAGCAGGUGGUCAGAGUCUGGAUGGAGAUGGUCACUGGGCAGCCAGUGAUGCCAGAAAUAGCACAGGACACUCCCCUUGGACCCGACAGGAUGCAAUCAGCGUUAAGAGAUGGAGUGUAUCUAUGCAAACUAAUGAACUCAAUUGACCCCGGCAGCUGCAGACCGAACACACACUCCAACAUUCCAUUUAAACACAUGGAAAAUAUUGGUAUGUUUUUGAAUGCGUGUGAAGAAUACGGGGUGAAGAAGCUGGACAUGUUCCAAACUGUGGACCUUUAUGACAACACAAACUUCGGAGGGGUCAUUCAAACGAUUCUCGCUCUAGGCAGAAAAUGCCAGGCUAACAACUUCCUAGGUCCAGUUCUGGGUCCCAAAGAGUCCACUCCUCGGAGUCGAGAAUGGACCAAUGAACAAUUACGGAGAGGCAAUGCUAUCAUUUCACUGCAAAUGGGAACUAACAAACACCAGGACUCUGGCUUAGACGCACUCUGCAGACGACAGAUCAUACCACACCCUAACUCAGCACAAUGACAAAGGAUGCAGUUUUUACUUUAUAUCAAACGAAAACAUUCCUGUCUUUUUGCCGACCCAUCGUACUUUCUACACUUCACAGUCUGCAAAACUUAAAUGACCGAAACCUUCCAAUUUUGUAAUUAUGCGAAUGAUAUAAUAGUAUGAAAAAUCAUUAAAACGCAUUAUUGAAGCAGCCAAAAAACUUCAAAAAUAUGUUUCGACGAACUUUUAGCGAUUCGACCUGUCUGGUAUUUAGGUUUUUAAUUGCCCUACUUUUGACUAAGUGAAGUUACUUAAUCAGCAAUGGAGUUUAAAAAUUGGCUAAAUCUUUGUUUUCUGUUAUUUAAUUU